AUGGCGGCUCGUAUCGCUCUCCCGAGGGAUUCGCAGUUGUCCCUCGUGCUGAUGCUCGCAAUCAUGCUGCUCCCGUUGACGGCGAAUUUCGGCGCCAAAUGCGGAGGCGUUCUGCUAGCGGCGGCGCAGACGGACUGCCCGCUGAUUGGUCAGGGCAUCGACCCGUACACGGCGGGGAUCGUGGCGGAGAAGCCUAAAGUGUUUCUCUCCGUGCAGCUCAAGAAACUCGUCAGCGUCGACGCCGUGAAGUACAGCUACAUGGCGUAUUUCCAAAUCAUCUCCACGUGGCGCGACCCUCGAGUGAACGACACGCUGGCGAUAAACAACGCGGUGAGCGCGUUUGGGCCGACCAUCACGGGGCUGGCGACGGCCAAGUGCAAGCCGAACGUGACGUUCUCGGGGUUCAACAUCAGCGGGAAGGACGAGUGCCUGAAGACGCCCAAGCAGAACAACCUGCCGCAGAUGGACGGCUGCAACAAGCCGUGCACUCCGUCCGGCACCACGUGCUGCGACGCCCUCUGGAUCCCCUCGCUCACCAUCGACAACGUCCUCUUCUACCCGCAAGACCGCUUCCAAACCGAGAGCAUAUACUUCUUCGGGCAGUACAGCAACGAGGUCAGCUCGGUCGACAGAGAAGUCGUCGUUGGAGGCGAGUUCUCUUCACCCCUCAGCUUCAAGAAGUUUCCUCUUGACUCUCAGACGCUGCGGCUGAGCGUUCAGGUGGAGAGUGGCGAGUUCUACCUGGUGGGGAGCAACUCGGGGCGGCAGUCAGAGCAGGGGGGCGGGCAGCUGGGGGGAGGGGGAGGCACGUACGUGAAUGAUGAGGUCACGGGCUGGAAGAUCAAUGAUGUGGCGCUCAACUGCACUCCCUCUGCUACCACCGUCUCCACCUCCGCCACCUACCAUCCCGGUAACCACCGCGACCCUUCCGGUAACCGCCGCGCAAUGCUCCUGAACUCCCCAUCGGACAGUGGCAGCAGCAGCAACGUGAACGAGUCCACGUCGUGUGUCUUCACCAUCCAGAUCUCCCGCACCAGUGGCGUCUUCAUCAUCUCGAUUGUGGUGCCUGUGAUGCUCAGCGUGUAUCUCUGCUUCUCCGUCUUCUUUGCUAAACCCGACGACCUCGAGACUCGAUCCGCCACCUUUGUCACGCUCUUCCUCGCCCUCUCAGCCGUGCAGUUCGUCAUUGACAGCCAGCUGCCGCGCUCAUCAGUGAUGACGCAGUUUGGCUAUCUGGUCAUCAUCUCAUACGUCUUCAUCGGUCUCACCGCCUUGGAAACCCUCAUCGUCUACCUCAUCGCCGAACGGCUAGAGAAGGACGUGGUGGAGACGGUGGGAGAUGUGGUGGAGACUGUUAGGGACAUGGUGGGGACGGUGGAGGACAUGGCAGCGGCUUCCACACGUUCCAUGUCCCGUGCACAGCCAGAGCCAGAGCCAGAGCCAGAGCCAGAGCCAGAGCCCCAAAGCCCACAGAAGGCGGAGAAAACGUGUGCGUUUGGGUCCGGCAAGGCUGGCGGCGCAGGGGAGGAGAGUCAGGAGCUUGUGACAGAGAAGGAGGACGAGGAGGUGGGAGGCGGGAACGGUGCAGCCUGCACUGGAGGAAAAAGGCCGUCACUAAAGAAAGCUGUCACUAAGGGCCGUACCUGGGUGAGUGGGCUUGCGUGUGUGUGA